CGCCCACCUCGUGUGUCUGGCUGAGGCCUGGCGUCUGUCCUAUGCUGAUUGGCACAGGCCCGGAAGUGGAUGGUGUGGACUGAGGGCCACACCGUGGUGCGUAAAUUUUGCUCUGUUUGUUUUGUCUGCGCUUCCCAGGUCUCUGCUGCUUCCGUACUGGGGGCGUGGAGUAUUCCGGACCUGGAUAUUCCAGCCCCUCUUUGUCAACCCAGAGCAAACUGAGACGGCCGGUUGAGAGUCCGGUUGAUUUCUAAAGACUCAUGUUACGUGAGGAAGCAGCUCGGAAGAGAAAAGAAAAGGAGCCAGGCAUGGCUCUUCCUCAGGGACGCUUGACUUUCAGGGAUGUGGCUAUAGAAUUCUCUUUGGCAGAGUGGAAAUGCCUGACCCCCGCGCAGAGGGCUUUAUACAGGGAUGUGAUGUUGGAGAACUACAGGAACCUGGAGUCUGUGGAUAUCUCUUCCAAAUGCAUGAUGAAGAUGGUCUCAUCAACAGGACAAGGUAAUACAGAAGUGUUCCACACAGGGACAUGGGAAACACAUGAAAGUCAUCACACUAGAGAUUUUUGCUUCCAGGAAAUUGAGAAAGAUAUUCAUGACUUUGAGUUCCAGUGGCAGAAAGAUGAAAGGAAUGGCCAUGAAGCACCCAUGACACCGAUCAAGAAGUUCACUGAUAGUAAAGACCGAUAUGAUGACGGGUGUGCCGGCAACGAGCCUAUUAAAGAUCAGCUUGGAUUGAGCUUUCAUUCGCAUCUGCCUGAACUGCACAUAUUUGAGACUGAAGGGGACAUCGAUGAUCAAGUUGAGAAGUCAAUCAACAAUGCUGCUUUGGUUUCAACAUCCCGAAGACAUUUUUGUAGGCCCCAAACUUAUAUUUUUAAUAACUAUGACAAUAAUUUUCUCCAUUCUUCAUUACCCACACAAAAACAGGAAGGUCACAUUAGAGAAAAAUCUUUCCAGUGUAAUGAGAAUGGCAAAGCCCUUCAUUGUAGCUCACUCUUAAGGAAACAUCAGACAAUCCAUUUAGAAGAGAAACAAUAUGAAUGUGAUGUAUGUGGAAAGGCCUUUAAUCAGAAGCGAUACCUUGAACGCCAUCGUAGAUGUCACACUGGUGAGAAACCUUUCAGGUGUAAAGAGUGUGGCAAGUCCUUCAUUCAGAUGUCAUCACUUACCUGCCAUCGUAGACUUCAUACUGGAGAGAAACCUUACAAGUGUAAUUUGUGUGGCAAGACCUUCCGUCAAAAUUCAGCCCUUGUGAUUCAUAAGGCAAUUCAUACUGGAGAGAAACCCUACAAGUGUAAUGAGUGUGGCAAGGUUUUUAAUCAACAAUCAAACCUUGCAAGUCAUCAUAGACUUCAUACUGGAGAGAAACCUUACAAGUGUAAAGUUUGUGACAAGGCUUUUGGGUGUUAUUCACACCUGGCACAACAUACUAGAAUUCACACUGGAGAGAAACCUUACAAGUGCAAUGAGUGUGGCAAGACCUUUGGUCGAAAUUCAGCCCUUGUAAUUCAUAAGGCAAUUCAUACUGAAGAGAAACCUUACAAGUGUAAUGAAUGUGGCAAAGUUUUUAAACAACAGUCAAGCCUUGCACGUCAUCAUAGACUUCAUACUGGAGAGAAACCUUACAAGUGUAACGAGUGUGGCAAGACCUUCAGUCAGAUGUCAUCCCUUACGUGCCAUCAUAGACUUCAUACAGGAGAGAAACCUUACAGGUGUAAUGAGUGUGGCAAGACCUUCAGUCAGACAUCAUCCCUUCUAUGCCAUCGUAGACUUCAUACCGGAGAGAAACCGUACAAAUGUAAGGUUUGUGACAAGGCUUUCAGGCGUGAUUCACACCUGGCACAACAUACUAGAAUUCACACUGGAGAGAAACCUUACAAGUGUAAUGAGUGUGGCAAAGCCUUUAGUGCACAGUCAACACUUAUUCACCAUCAAGCAAUCCACGGUAUAGGGAAACUUUACAAAUGUAAUGAUUGUCACAAAGUCUUCAGUAACGCUACAACCAUUGCAAACCAUUGGCGAAUCCAUAAUGAAGAGAGAUCUUACAAGUGUAAUAAAUGUGACAAAUGUUUUAGACGUCGUUCAUACCUUGCAGUUCAUUGCCGAAUUCAUACUGGAGAGAAACCUUAUAAGUGUAAUGAGUGUGGAAAGACCUUCAGUCACACGUCAUCCCUUUUAUGCCAUCGUAGACUUCAUACUGGAGAGAAACCUUACAAGUGUAAUGAGUGUGGCAAGACCUUCCAUCACAAUUCAGCUUUUGUACUUCAUAAGGCAAUUCAUACUGGAGGGAAACCUCACAAGUGUAAUGUGUGUGGCAAGAUCGUCGGUCACAGUUCAGCCCUUGUAAUUCAUAAGGCAAUUCAUACUGGGGAGGAACCUUACAAGUGUAAUGCAUGUGGCAAGGUUUUUAAACAACAGUCAAGCCUUGCACGUCAUCAUAGACUUCAUACUGGAGAGAAACCUUACAAGUGUAAUGAGUGUGGCAAAGUUUUUAAUCAACAAGCAACGCUUGCACGUCAUCAUAGACUUCAUACUGGAGAGAAACCUUACAAAUGUGAAGAAUGUGACAAAGUUUUCAGUCGCAAAUCAUAUCUUCUAACACAUAGGAGAGUUCAUACUGGAGAGAAACCUUACAAAUGUGAAAAAUGUGACAAAGUUUUCACUCGCAAAUCACACCUUGAAACACACAGGAGAAUUCAUACUGGAGAGAAACCAUACAAAUGUAAGAUUUGUGACAAGGCUUUUGCGUGUAAUUCAUACUUGAAAAAGCAUACUAGAAUUCACACUGGGGGAAAACCUUACAAGUGUAAUUAGUGUAGCAAGACCUUUAGUCAAAAUUCAGGUCUUUCAGUUCAUAAGGCAAUGCAUACUGCAGGGAACCCUUACAAGUCUAAUGAAUGUGGCAAGGUUUUUAAUCAAAAAUCAAACCUUGCAUGUCAUCAUAGACUUCAUACUUAAAAUAAACCUUACAAAUGUGAAGAAUGGGACAGUUUUCAGGCCCAAAUCACACCUCGUUUAUACCUUGCAGUACGUUGGCAAACUCAUACUGAAGAUAAAGUUUGCAAAAUAAGUGUGGCAAGACCUUCCGUUACAGUUCAUCCAUUGUGAUUCAGAAGGCAAUUCAUACUGGAGAGAAACCUUACAAGUGUAAUGAAUUUGGCAAGGUUUUUAAUGACCAGCCAAGCCUUUCAGUUGAUCAUAGACUUCAUACUGGAGAGAACCCUUGCAAGUGUAAUGAAUGUGGCAAGGUUUUUAAUAAAAAAUUUAGCCUUGCACGCCAUGAUAGGCUUCAUACUGGAGAGAAGCAUUACAAAUGUGAAGAUGUGAUAAAGCUUUCAGUCGCAAAUAACACCUUGAAAGACACAGGAAAAUUUAAUUUGGUAAUCAAGUAGAGAAUUCUAUUAAUGAUGCUUUCUUUGUUUCAACAUCCCAAAGAAUUUAUUGUAGGCCCAAAACCCAUAUUUCUAAUAACUAUGGGAAUAACUUCCUUCAUUUUUCAUUACUCACACACAAAGUACAAAGGAGAGAAAAAUCUUUCCAAUAUAAUGAGAGUGGUAAAGCCUUUAAUUAUAGCUCACUCUUAAGGGAACAUCAGAUAAUUCAUUCAGGAAAGAAACAACAGGCUGGGCACGGUGGCUCACGCCUAUAAUCCCAGCACUUUGGGAGGCUGAGGCGGGUGGAUCACGGGGUCAAGAGAUCGAGACCAUCCUAGUCAAGAAGGUGAAACCCCGUCUCUCCUAAAAAUACAAAAAUUAGCUGGGCAUGGUGGUGUGCGCCUGUAGUCCCAGCUAUUCGGGAGCCUAAGGCAGGAGAGUAGGUUGUGGUGACCUGAGAUCGUGCCAUUGCUCUCCAGUCUCGGUAACAAGAGUGAAACUUUGUCUCAAAAAAAAAAAAAAAAAACAACAUAAAUGUGAUGUAUGUGGCAAAGUCUUUAAACAGAAGUGAUACUUUGCAUGACACCUUACAAGUGUAACGAGUGUGGCAAGACCUUCAAUCAGAUGUUCCUGCUUCUGCGCCAUCGUAGACUUCAUACUGGAGAAAAGCCUUACUAGUGUAAGCUGUAUGGCAAGACCUUCAGUCAGACAUCAUUCUUUGUAAACUGGAGAGAAACCUUAGAAGUGUAAUUUAUGUGGCACUUAAAUAGUGAAUAAUUAGGCUUUCUCAUACUGGAGAGAAACCUUACAAGUGAAAUUUAUGUGUCAAGACCUUUAGUCAGAAAUCAUCCCUUGCACAUCAUCAUGGACUUAAUACUGAAGAGAACCCUGACAAAAGUAAUGAAUGUGGUAAGGUUUUCAAUCAACAAGCACACCUUGCGCGUCAUCAUAGACUUCAUACUGGAGAGAAACCUUAAUGUGACACAAGGUUCAGUUGUAAAUAACAUGAAAGAUACAGAAUUCAUUCUGGAGAGAAACCAUACAAAUGUAAGGUUUGUGACAACACUUUUGGGCGUGCUUCAUACUUGGGACUACGUACUGUGUUCACAGUGAAGAGUAACCAUACAAGUGUAAUGAGUGUGGCAGAGCCUUUAGUGGACAGUGAACACUUCACCAUCAAACAAUCCACGGUAGAGGAAAACUUUUCUAAUGUAAUGGUUGUCACAAACCCUUCAGUACCUCUACAACCAUUGCAGAUCACUGGAGAAUCCCUAAUGAAGGAGAUCUCACAAGUGUAAUAAAUGAGGCAGAUUUUUCAGA